AUGGUGACAGAGAAGAAAAUGGUUUCAGAGAAAGAGAAAAUGGUGAAAUUGAUCUUCACCUACGGAACAUUGAAGCAAGGAUUCUCCAACCAUGUCCUCUUACAAGAUCUAAUCACAACAGGAGACGCUCUCUUCAUCGGAAACUACAAAACCCAUCUCAAUUACCCUCUUGUUUGCGGUCCAUACAGAGUUCCUUUUCUCAUCAACCUUCCCGGCUCCGGUCAAAAAGUCAUCGGAGAAUUGUACGCAGUUUCAUCCUCCGGCUUAUCUCGAUUAGAUGAACUCGAGGGCAUCACUCGUUCUCAUUACCAAAGACUCCCAAUUCAAUUAUCACCGUUGGAUCAUCAAGAUGAUGAUGGUGUUGUUCUCACCGCCGGUGAGGCUUAUUUCGCUCAUUCUAGCUACGCCGGUAAGCUUUGGAACAAGAAUGGACGACAAGGGUUGGUUGGGUAUACAGAGGAGGUGGCUCGUGGGUAUGUCAAACGGAAAGAUAGGCCUCAAGAUCGAACCUUUAUGGAUCAUAUUCGUUCUUUUUUAGAAUCUCAGUAAUGGUUUUUUUUUUUUAUUUUGUUUUUAGGGUUAGAACAGAAGAAGAAGAAGAAGAAGAAGAAUUGGGAUUUGAUUAGAUAAGAAUAAUAUGAUUAUGAAAAGAGUUGUACUGUCAUUUCUGAUUCUUAUGUUUAUGGUAUGAAAAUAAGAAAGAGAGGUUUAUUUAUGGUUUAUAUAUAUUAUCCACAUUCUUCUCAA